GGGCACGGCGGUGCGCACACACUCGCGGUCCGCCCGUCGACACACCCGCACCGCGCGCGCCUUCCGCCACCCGCACCACCCUCCGCCAACCGCGGUGUAGUGACUAACCGCGCGCGCGUUUGCAGAACACACAAAAAGCAACCAAACAACCUAAGUGGUGUAUGCGUGUGUGUGUGCCUGUGUGUGUGUGUAUGUGUGUUCUGACAAGGCGGGGACGGUGAGGGAGGUGUGAGUGAGCAUCGUCGUGGCGUGUGGCGGUGUGUGACAGUCUGCGGGUGUCCCCUAUGGAAGGAUACAAGCCCUGGAGCCACCACGUCACGCCGAAAGGGGACGCCAAGUGACCGUGUGAAGACGCCACCUAUAAAAGCCACGAGACGCCGCCGCCGACGCCCGCACCGCAACCAGGGGGCUUCCUCCUGAUCCUCCUCCUCUUCCUCCUCCUGGUUCUCCUUCUUUCCCUCGUCGCCCUCCUCAAGCCGCCAUCAUGUGGGAAAAACUCCUCCGGGACAUCAAGGUCAACCUCCUCUCCUCGGACCUGAUGCCCCUCAAAUUCCUCUUCUUCAUGCUGUACGCGGCCAACACCACGCUCUACCCGUACCUGGCCGUGCACAUGCAGGCCCUUGGCUUCGGGGCGGACAAGGCCGGGGUGCUUCUGGCCAUCACGCCCCUCGUGGCCAUCAUGGGACCUCCCGUCGCUGGAGCCAUCGCAGAUAAGCUGGGGAACUUCAAGCUGUUCUUCUCCGGGGUGGUGGCGGUGUCGGGAAUGCUGUCCCUGCUCCUGCUCGUCAUCCCCCCAGUACCCAUCCCCCUCGGCUUCUCCCUCACCCUCAUCACCGACCACCACCAGUCUGAACACCCCAGCGGUAAAGAGAUCAACAAGCUGGCGGAGGUGCUGCCGAAGGAAGAGACGGGGCACCACGUGGACGCCGAGUUCCUGCAGUUCAUUGUCAUCACCAAUCAGACAGGCUGUGACAUCUAUGACGAGUACCAGACCUCAAUGGACGGAAUCAACCAGGUAGACAUCGGGUCGGCGGAACCAAUGGCAACUGUCAACAUCACAAGAAUCCUCAAACAUAAGAACUUUUCCCUGAUGGCCGUCACUACCCACCACCCGCUCUUCUGCCCCGACGACCUGCCUCUAGUGCGACUCUCCAAGGGCGCCGAGGACCUGCUGCCGGAGAUCCUCGUGGACUACAACACCUCCGGACUCAAUCGAACGGUGAAUGGAAGUGUGGCGGAUACAGAGACGGAUGCGUGGUGGAGGUCUGGAUGCGAUGUGAAGGUGCCGGGACUAUGCGAACCUCACCACGCGGAUAUCAUUGGCGCGGAAAAUUUAAGCUUCUGGACGUAUCUGUUUGCGAGGAGUCUGCUGAACGGGGCCCUCAAUGCUGCCUUUGCACUAUUCGAAGGCGCCACACUCUCCCUACUCAAGAAACACGGCGGAGAUUAUGGUUUGCAAAGGGUGUGGGGCUACAUCGGCUGCAUGGUGUUCACGCCCUUCUCCGGCUGGCUGAUAGACACCAUGAGUCACGACAUUCACGUCCCAGAUUACAGGCCGGCUUUCUAUCUAUUCGUGGGGCUACAAGGCUUGGCGGGGCUGGUGGCGCUCUCCGUGGACCUCAAAUUCAAGACCCCGUGUGAACAAGUCAUGAAGAAUAUUUGGAUACUGCUACAGAACCCAGAGGUGAUCAUGCUGUUCCUCGCCAUGACGCUCUCCGGAGCCUUCUUCGGGUUCCUGGAGGCGUUCCUGUUCUGGUUCCUGGGUGACCUCGGUGCCUCACGCUCCCUCAUGGGCCUGACUGUCACCAUGGGAGCGGCGAGUGCCCUGCCCUUCCUUAUCUUCAUGUCUCCCAUUGUCAACAAGUUUGGUCAUAUUGGGGUUAUCGCUGCCGGCUUUCUCAUGUAUGCUCUCAGAUUUGCAGGCUACGCUUCCAUAUACGAUCCAGUGAGCGCCCUGUACUUCGAGGCUCUAGAGGGCGUUACCAUUGGGCUCAUGUUGUCCGCUGGCAUGACCUACGCCUGCGAGCUGUCCAAUACUAAGAACGUGGUCUCCCUACAAGCUCUCAGCGGUACUCUCUACUACGGCGUGGGCAAAGGCGCGGGCUGCCUGGUGGGGGGCUACAUGUACCACCACCUCGGCGCUCGCAAGACUUUCCGCAUGAUGACAGUGGCCAGCCUUCUCUCUGCCAUCAUCUUCCUCAUCUUCCAAAUUUACAUCCAGCACCGCAACAGACUGAGGGAAUUGAACAGCCCAGGGACGGAGAAGGAAGAGCUGCUAAAGAGAGAGGAGGAGGAGAACCUGAAGCUUAAGAAUCUGAAGCUGGUUAAGUUGGAGCGAGUGAAGAUUAAGAGCAAGAAGUGGCGUAAGGGAAAACGAGGCAGUCUGCAGGUGGACGCGCAAGAAAACGGUGUCCUGCAACUUCGAAGAGUGACUCUAGUAGACGCGGAGACACAGACUGAUCCUGUACAGUUUGCUUGCACGCUUGCCAUGCCGGAGAGUGACGAGGAAGAGUGAGGAGACAGGAGUGCUGGGAAUG